AUGAAUCUCACCAAAGUCACUCACAUUGUUCAGAAACGUGUUCCGCUUAUCAAGUUUCUCGGUCCGAGGAGAAAAUUAGUACAGACAGCGGAUCCCACGCCUCAACUUCAUCCGUUAGCGCCCAAGGGAGCUACAUUACCCGGCGGUUCAUAUAAGAAUCAUCAGGAGCAGCAUAUCCACUUUAUGAAUUAUGACGAACUGCCCGACAAGUACAGAAGAACAGAAUUAACGUCUGAUGAAAUAGAAGCUAUUGAGGCAAGUUUUUGGUAUUCAUUUGCCAGAAAUGGCACUGGGGCAUCAGCACUAUAG